CACUGUUGGCGGCGCGCUGGAACCCACGGUUCCGAAUACAAACGGUCGGCGCGAGAGGCGCCCCGGGGCGCGGGCGCUGGGGCUGAACACCUGGUUCCCGCCACUUUCUCGGGUUACAUAUGCUCCCGUCUCCUUUCUGUGUUGGCCCGGUCGCCUCGGGAACCCUUCACUUUGCUUGGCGGCGGCUGGCUGAGCCGGAGCCUGCGGACAGGCUGUGCUCUGGCUCGGGCAGAGGUCGCCUGAAUGCGGUACUCACCGAGGUCCCCGAGUUGUAGGCGAGUGCUCAUCAGAUCUGAGCUGUUCUUGAAUCUUACUCUUCUUCAAAAUAUUUAUUCUGCUGCUAAUGAAGAGGGAGGAUGUGUUCCUGGGGCAUUCUUUAUUGUCAGAAAUUUCAUUACCAGAGGUAGAAAUAAUGCAAAGAUAAAUGUGUUCUAGGAUAUGAGAAAAAGAAAAGAUACCACAGAGGAUUAGAUGAAAAGUUGUAAGAUUAUUUGAGAGUUGGAGCUGAAUCUAAUAUUCAAUAAUGGCAACAGGUGACUUAAAAAGAAGCUUGCGGAAGCUAGAACAAGUGCUUCGUUUGCUAAAUUACCCUAAUGAGGUGGAUUAUGUCGGUUUGAUGAAGGGGGACACAGCAGCAUCUUUGCCUAUCAUCAGCUAUUCUCUUACCUCAUACUCCCCUUAUAUAUCAGAACUUCUGAUGGAGUCCAAUAUAGACCUCAUAUCAAAGAAUGAUGUGCGCUUCACAGAUACCGUCUAUAAGCUUCUUCGUGAUCAAUUUGAUUAUAAACCAAUUUUGACAAAAAAGCAAUUUAUACAGUCUGGAUUUGCUGAAUGGAAAAUCCAAAUUGUCUGUGAUAUAUUGAAUUGUGUAAUGAAAAAGCACAAGGAAUUGACUGGCUCUGACAAGACUUCGUCAUGCCCAAGAAAGAAAAGCAUCCCGGAAAGGCCCGAACCUUGUUCGAGUAGUGAGAACGCCACCCCUGGAGAGGCUGUGGGCAUUGACAUCACUGGCAGGUUUAUGACUUCAGGAAAGUAUUUCUUCAUGCUUGUCUCCGUGCAGAAGAAAGCUGUGGUGAUCCGUCAUCUGUACACAGAAGAUAACAUUGACCUUCCUGAACGGACAGUGAGUUCAACAGAAGUGAGUGAAGGGUGUGAUGAGUCAGAAGAGAUGACUUCUCAAAUCAUGAUUCAUGACGAGCAGGCCUCUGAAGUCAAGGCUCAGCUGAAAGAUCUUUGUGACAACCCUGAGCUCACUGCACUUCACAUAGCUCUUGCUGAAUGCCAGGACAAGCUUAAGAGGCUGACUUGUGUAGAGAAAAGGCUCCAGUAUUUGGAAGCUGCAACAAAAGGGAAGGUGAUGGUCGAUGAGAAGGCCUGGAAUAAUCUCCUCAGUCGAGUCACUCUUCUUGAAACAGAGAUGCUUUUGUCUAAAAAGAAUGAAUGCGUAGAGCUUAAUGCAGCAAGUGAAGAUAAUGACUCUGAUAGUGUCGUGGAUGCCAUGCCCGUUGAUAAAAAAUACAGUGUGGGGGCACCAGCCAGAACAUAUCGGUCAUCUGGCUACAGUAGUACACUGUCACCAGAGUCGACGCCCAGAGGCUCCACUGUUAAUUAUUGUGGUUUGAAAGAUUUUUCAGAGGAAACAACACUUCAGAAAAUGGAAAGGAUGAAAAAAAUGUUUGAAGAGACUGCAGAGCUACUGAAAUGCUCGAGUCACUAACUGUACAGUUUUUCUGCGUGAGCAUCUCUAGGACUUUGCUACUUAUAAUGCUAUGUUUAAGAAUUCCUUGUACACUUUUAAUAUACUGUAAUAUAUUAUUAAGAAUUUGAAUUCUAUUUGGUGUGUGAGUGUUUUUCAUUCCUAAAUAAAUACUUUUAAUAUUGUA